AUGGCCGAGAAGGAAGCCCGGAGAAAGUUCAAGCAAAUAGUGGCUGCUGUCAACUUCUGUCACUGUCGUAACAUAGUCCACAGAGAUCUGAAGGCAGAAAAUCUACUGCUGGAUGCGAACCUUAACAUCAAAAUAGCAGAUUUUGGGUUCAGUAACAUCUUCACACCCGGUCAGCUGCUUAAAACCUGGUGUGGGAGUCCUCCCUACGCUGCUCCGGAGCUCUUUGAAGGAAAGGAAUACGAUGGGCCGAAGGUCGACAUUUGGAGCCUCGGCGUGGUGCUGUACGUGCUGGUCUGCGGCGCUCUGCCCUUCGACGGGAGCACGCUGCAGAACCUGCGGGCGAGGGUGCUCAGUGGGAAAUUCCGCAUUCCGUUUUUCAUGUCCACAGAAUGUGAACACCUGAUCCGCCACAUGCUGGUCCUGGACCCAAGCAAGCGGCUCUCCAUGGAGCAGAUCUGCAGACACAAGUGGAUGAAGCUUGGGGAGGCUGAUGCGGAGUUCGACAGGCUGAUAGCAGAGUGUCAGCACCUGAAGGCCGAGAGGCAGAUGGAGCCGCUGAACGAGGACGUGCUGCUGGCGAUGGCGGACAUGGGGCUGGACAAGGAGCGCACAGUUCAGUCAUUAAGAGCCGACGCUUACGAUCACUACAGCGCAAUCUACAGCCUGCUCUGCGACCGUCUGAAGAGACACAAGAAUCUGCGCAUCGCGGCAUCGCCGAGCGUGCCGCGGACCGUGACCUUCCCCACCUCCGCUAACGUCCAGGCAGAACAGACAGGCAACGCCGUGAGCAUCAACGUGCCGCAAGUCCAGCUCAUCAACCCCGAAAACCAAAUUGUAGAGACUGACGGAACGAUGAACUUGGACAGCGAUGAAGGGGAGGAGCCGUCACCUGAAGCCCUGGUCCGUUACCUUUCGAUGAGACGGCACACGGUCGGAGUAGCUGACCCACGGACGGAGGUCACGGAAGAUCUGCAGAAGCUCCUGCCCGGCUUCCCCCGCGUCGCUCCUCAGGCUCCGUUCCUGCAGGUCACCCCGAACGUGAACUUCAUGCACAACGUGCUGCCUAGGCAGAACCUGCAGCCCACGGGCCAGCUGGAGUACAAGGAGCAGUCCCUGCUGCAGCCCCCCACGCUGCAGCUGCUGAACGGCAUGGGCCCUCUGGGGCGGAGGGCAUCCGACGGCGGCGCUAACAUCCAGUUACACGCGCAGCAGCUGCUGAAGCGCCCUCGAGGUCCGUCUCCGCUCGUCACCAUGACGCCAGCUGUCCCCGCUGUCACCCCCGUGGAUGAGGAGAGCUCCGACGGGGAGCCGGAUCAGGAGGCCGUGCAGAGUUCUAUUUACAAGGACUCAAAUACUCUGCACCUCCCCACCGAACGCUUCUCCCCGGUUCGGCGCUUCUCUGAUGGUGCUGCCAGCAUCCAGGCUUUCAAAGCCCACCUGGAGAAGAUGGGCAAUAACAGCAGCAUCAAACAGCUUCAGCAGGAGUGCGAGCAGCUGCAGAAGAUGUACGGUGGGCACAUGGACGAGAGGACGCUGGAGAAGACCCAGCAGCAGCACAUGUUGUACCAGCAGGAGCAGCACCAUCAGAUUCUUCAUCAGCAGAUUCAGGACUGCAUCCGGCCUCCCCAGCCAUCUCCGCCCUUGCAAGCUCCGUGUGAAAACCAGCCAGCUCUGCUCACUCACCAGCUUCAGAGGUUACGGAUUCAGCCGUCCAGCCCGCCCCCGAGCCACCCUAAUAACCAUCUCUUCAGGCAACCGAACAGCAGCCCGCCUCCUGUGAGCAGCAGCGUGCUCCAGCCCCACGGUGCCGCCUCCCAGUCCCAGUUCCAAGGGCUGCCGUCCCACAGCGCAAUCUUCCCGCAGUCCGGUAACUGUUCCCCUCCCCCCAGCAUGGGGCUGACGUGCCUGGGCCUGCAGCAGCAGUCGCAGCCUCAGCAGGUCACGAUCCAAGUGCAGGAGCCCGGCGACAUGGUCAGCAACAGCCUCCUGCAAGGGGCCUCCGUGGGCGGGCAGGGCAUGUCCUCCCACGCCCGGGGCAUGGCCAUCAGCCCCGGCGCCGGCCAGAUCCAGAUGCAGCACCGCGCUAACCUGAUGGCCUCCCUCACCUACGGCCACAGGCAGCUGUCCAAGCAGCUCAGCGCCGACAGCGCCGAGUCGCACAGCGCACAUCAGCAACAGCAGCACUACACCGCAUCGGCACUACAGCAAGCACUGUUGUCCCCCACGCCUCCCGACUACAGCCGACACCAGCAGGUACCGCACAUCCUCCAGGGACUGCUUUCUCCCCGGCACUCGCUCACGGGGCACACGGACAUGCGGCUGCCCCAGGCAGAAUUUGCACAGCUCAGCAAACGGCGGCAGCAGCAGCAGCAGCAGCAAGAAUUUCAAGAGUUGUUCAGGCAUAUGAGUCAAGGGGAUGCUGGGAACAUGGGCGCCAGCGUGGGCCAGAACCUCUCGGAGCGCCAGUCGCUGUCUUUGCCUUACCAGAGCGCUGACACGUACCACCCGCAGAACAGCCCCCAGCACCUCUUAAAAAUCAGGGCGCAAGAAUGUAUCCAGCAGGUGCCCGCGUCAGUGCCGCCGCACGGAUACGUGCACCAGCCGGCCCUGUUCCAUUCGGAGAGCAUGGAGGAGGACUGCGCGUGCGAGGGCGCCAGGGACAGCUUUCCAGACAGUAAGAGUUCGAGCGCGUUGACCAAAGGUUGCCACGAGACCCCUCUGCUCGUAAACGCAGGAGGGCACGGGGACCCAGAACCUUUGCUAGGAACUGCUAAUCACGCGCAGGAGCUGGGGACGCAUCAGUACAGGCAUCAGCCCGCUGCUGGAUUCAGUAGGAAUAAGGUGCCCAGCAGAGAGUCCAUCGUAGGGAACUGCAUGGACAGGAGUUCCCCCGGCCAAGCGAUGCAGGUGCCUGACCACAACGGGCUGGGCUACCCUGUGCGACCCGCCUCCAGCGAGCACCCGCGGCCCAGGACCCUGCAGAGACAUCACACCAUUCAGAACAGCGAUGAUGCCUACGUAGGUCCUUGCGAUGAAGCGGUCUGGGCUGCCCCAGGCCCGGCUCUGGCCGCGGCGGGGUCUGCAGGCGCACCGCGGCCGGCUUUCGGGUUUGCAGCGCUGCUAGACGAGCUGGCCGUGGCCGCCCAGACCUUGACCGCCCGCGGGGAGCGGCCGGUCCCCUUGCCCUGGGAAUGCGGGGAGAGUCUGGAAGGCCAAGAGCAUCCCAACCUCGGUGACGGCAGCCAGCACCUAAACACCUCCUGUUACCCGUCGACGUGCAUUACGGACGUCCUACUGAGCUACAAGCACCCGGAGGUGCCCUUUGGGAUGGAGCAGGCAGGGGUGUAA